CUCUUUUUAUAUCCGUGUCGUUUUUAAAUGGGAUGUAUGGUUGGUGAGCAAAUUUCCAGCUGCCUAGCAUUGACUUCCUUAGAUCAUGGCAUCCUCGUCGCCACACAUGAUUCUUUAAACACCCUUUACUGCUUUAAUUUGUUUGUUUGAAAACUAGCUAGCCCACAAGAUGAAGAGUUUUGAAAGCUAAAUGUUCACAAUACUGUUCCUUUCAUUCUCAAAGUAAGGACUGGAAAUUUUGGGAGGAUAUGAGGUGUUUUUCAUUCUCCAAUGGUACUAAAGAUGAUGUACCAAAGAUGUCAAAGUGUACUCCUGUUCUUUCAUCUACAUCUAUAUCAACGGAUCCUGAUACGAAGAAAUCUGGAUCUGAGUACAACUCUCAGAACAUUUCCGAUAUAAGCACCGAAUCCUCGGUUAGGUUGUCGUUCAAGAGUUUGUCCCAAAGACCUAGCAACCUUAGGGUCUUCACAUUUGCAGAGCUGAAGACAGCUACGAAGAAUUUCAGCCAUUCCCUCAUGAUUGGAGAAGGCGGAUUUGGACCCGUGUAUAGGGGUGUGUUGCGGGAGACAGAAAGGAUCGAUAUCGCUGUUAAACAACUCAGCAGAAGGGGGUUACAGGGACACAAGGAAUGGGUUACAGAAGUGAAUGUUCUUGGCAUUGCCGAACACCCAAAUCUCGUCAAACUCAUAGGCUACUGUGCUGAGGACGAUGAGAGAGGGAUGCAACGCCUUCUGAUCUACGAAUAUAUGCCUAAACGGAGCGUUCAAGAUCAUUUAUCAAUUCGAUUUCAGGCAUCUCUGCCAUGGAUUACUAGAUUGAAAAUAGCCCAAGAUGCUGCAAGAGGCUUGGCAUAUCUUCAUGAAGGCAUGGAGUUUCAGAUUAUAUUUAGAGAUUUCAAGUCAUCUAAUAUUCUGUUAGAUGAUCAAUGGAGCGCAAAACUAUCAGACUUUGGAUUAGCAAGGUUGGGUCCUUCAGAUGGAUUAAGCCAUGUCUCCACAGCGGUUGUUGGAACAGUAGGAUAUGCUGCUCCAGAGUACAUUCAAACAGGGCACCUUACGUCGAAGAGUGAUGUGUGGAGUUAUGGGGUCUUUCUGUAUGAACUCAUCACUGGUCGACGCCCUCUAGAUAGAAACCGACCUAAAAACGAGCAAAAGCUCUUGGACUGGGUUAGGCCACACCUUGUUAACAGUAAAAAAUUCGAACAAAUUCUUGAUCCUCGACUAGACGGGAAAUAUUCCUUCAAGUCUGCUCAAAAGCUAGCAGCCAUUGCUAACAGGUGUCUAGUUCGACAUCCAAAAAAUCGGCCACGAAUGAGCGAAGUUCUUGAGAUGGUGAACCAGAUUGUUGAAGCGAGUGACAAUGGAAGUCUUGAAGCUGCUACAGAGAACUCCUCUCAAAAUGGCAGUGGGAAAUCUACGGCUAAAAGUUUUUUGAAAAGGAGAUUUGUCGAUCAUGUAAUUGGAGAGAACAAGUGGCAGGGCUGGAGGUCAUGGAGACCUAAGCUUGUUAGGACUAAUUGAGUGAAAAGAAAUAUACUUGUAAUUUUUAGACGAAGAGUUUUUGCGUCAAGAAUUUUUAGUUAAAUUAUUCUGCAUGAUUUUUU